UCUACUUCUAUAUUAAGAAAGAGUGUCAGAGAGCCUGGGAGGCUCACACAUAUUUUUUUUUUUUAAGUGAGAGCUCACACAUAUAAAAUAAAUAGUAAGAGUGAUCAAUAAUUCACGUCUUCUUAAGGUCAUCAUAUUCAUCAGCAUCAUCAUCAUCUGAAAUACGUGGUCAAAACUGAUUUGUCAUCGGAGAUAAAAUGGGGAGGACGACUUGGCUCGACGACGACGGUUUGAAGAAAGGAGAGUGGACUUCGGAGGAAGACCGUAUUCUCGUCGCUUACAUCAACGAAUAUGGUCUCGGAGACUGGCGUACCCUGCCUAAGAGAGCCGGUCUGCAAAGAUAUGGAAAGAGUUGUAGAUUAAGGUGGCUGAAUUAUCUGAGGCCUGGAAUUAAAAGAGGCAAGUUUACUCCUCAGGAGGAAGACGAUAUUAUAAGAUUUCAUUCUCUUCUUGGAAACAGGUGGGCAGCAAUAGCAAAGCAAAUGCCAAACCGAACAGACAAUGACAUAAAGAAUCACUGGAACUCAUGCCUUAAGAAAAGACUCGUUAGAAGCGGAAUCGAUCCUAUGACCCACGAGCCUGUCGUGAAAGCCACUUCCUCCUCAACGACGUUGUCUCCAACACUGACCCCUUCUUCUUGUUCUUCCUCCUUUUCCUCCACAAGCUCUGCACGUCUGCUUAACAGGCUUGCUGCUGGAAUCUCCUCAAGAAAACAUGGACUCGAUAGGAUUAAAAAUGUGAUAUUAUCAAAACCAAGACAAGCCGUUGAAGAAGAUAAGUUGAUGAUAAGCAACAAUGAAGAAGAGGAGGAAGUGACAGGUUGUUUCAUGGAGAUUGAUGAUAACCUGAUCAGUACGACAUCGUUAGAUGAGUUACUUUGUGAGUCUACUACUGCUUUCGAUGACUACUCAUUAGUUGAGCCCUAUGAUCUAUACCAAUCUGAUAUCUAUCAUGAGGCUGAUGACCAACUUGACCUCUUCCUCGAAAUUCACUCUCUUGGACAAGAAGAUUUAUCUUGAAUUUUAUUUUAUCGUUUGUUCAGAGUAACUAAAGAGAGAGAAAAAAAAACUUGAAUUUUAUAGUAGUUAGUACUAUAAAUAAAAUGAAUAAAAUGCAUGGUCAAUGUUUGUAAGUUUUCGUUGUAACUUCUUGCACAUGCUUAUGAGCCCUACAUGCAUAUCUGAGAAUUGGUUUCAUGCCAUUUUAAUGAAAGAAGCCAAUAAAAUACUAUCUUACUUUUAGGUGUUGACUGUGUUGUCUUAAUGGUGUGUUGUUAAAUCUUUAUAAUUAUGUGUAGAAUGUAUAGUGUAGAUCCUAAAAUCUACACUAAGUAUUUGAUAGUGUUUACGAUG